AUUUCGAGGACGCGAGCACUUUUGCGUGCUCCUCGAUCAGCUUUCUCUCUUCCGCUCCACGCAUCCUGCACACAAUGGCAGCCUCAGUCCCCCGCUCGGCGUCGCUCCUGUCAAUACCGAGAGCAUCGCGCUCCAUACGGCCGGCAUCGCGAGGCGCCCGCGCCUUCGCCACCACCUCAGACCCUCCCUCGCAGUCAUCCAAGCCCGCACGACGACCGACCCGCUUCGCCGAUAAGCUCAACACGGGGCCGUCCUUCAAUGACUUUGUGAACCCAAAUGCACCGCUUCCCCCCUCCGAGGCCUACGAGAUCAAGACCGCCACUGUCGGCCCAAGCGGCCGCAAGAAGACAAUCACACGACUGCCCGAAUGGCUGAAGACGCCCAUACCCGUCAACGACAAUUACAAGCGCCUGAAGAACGACCUGCGCGGCCUGAACCUACACACUGUCUGUGAAGAGGCGAAAUGCCCAAACAUAUCCGACUGCUGGGGCGGCAGCGACAAGAGCGCCGCCACGGCGACCAUCAUGCUCAUGGGCGACACCUGUACGCGCGGCUGCCGCUUCUGCUCGGUCAAGACCUCCAAAGCACCCGCGCCUCUCGACGUCCACGAGCCUGAGAACACGGCCGAGGCGCUGCGGAGAUGGGGCUUGGGCUACGUCGUUCUCACCGCCGUCGACCGCGAUGACCUCGCCGACGGCGGCGCCCGCCACUGGGCCGAGUCCGUCAUGAAGAUCAAGCAGAAGUCGCCGCAGAUGCUCGUCGAGACGCUGACGGGUGACUUCGCAGGCGAUCUUGACAUGGUCAGGCUGGUUGUACGCAGCGGCAUGGACGUCUUCGCGCACAACAUCGAGACCGUUGAGGAGCUCACCCCGUUCGUGCGCGACCGCAAGGCAAAGUUCCGCCAGAGUCUGGACGUCCUGCGCACCGCCAAGGAAGUCCGCCCAGACCUCAUCACCAAGACGAGCAUCAUGCUGGGGCUCGGCGAGACGGACGCCCAGGUUGAGCACGCGCUGACUGAACUACGUAAGAACGGCGUCGAUGUGGUCACUUUCGGUCAGUACAUGCGGCCGACCAAGCGCCACAUGGCUGUCACCGAGUAUAUCACGCCCGACAAGUUUGAGAUGUGGCGUCAGCGCGCGCUCGACCACGGCUUCUUGUACUGCGCAUCUGGUCCGCUCGUGCGGUCGAGCUACAAGGCGGGCGAGGCCUUCAUUGAGAACGUGCUCAAGAAGCGCGCCGCGAAGAGGAACGAGAUGGUUGGUGCGCAGGCUGUCGAAGACUCGUCGAAGUCGGUCUAAACCUGACGCCAUGGUGCUCUACUUUUCUUGUAAUAUAAGACCUACUGCCAUGUAUAUUGGCGUUUUGGGGAUACUUCUGAUUCUACAGGCGAGCUUCAACGCUCGCAUUGCAGCGUUAUCGGAUGGGGCAUCUAGACUUGAGAUUUUUGGAAUGGCCAGUAAUGAGCAUGCGUAUCCACGCUGUUGUGGUGCUGAACUGUACAGGCAAUCGCUCCUUCUCACUUAUAUCGUGAUUAGUCAUAAAGCCGCCUUACGUCGUCC